AUGGCUUCCCAAAUGCCUGCCCACGGCAGCUCCAGCGACAUCGAGAAGGAUGCUGCCGUUGUGACCAAGGUCGAUGAGACUUCGGGCAACAGCGAGCCGACCACUGGAGGCGUCCUCCAGCGCGACCUCAAGAAUAGACACAUGCAGAUGAUUGCCAUUGGUGGUGCUAUCGGUGCUGGUCUCUUCGUCGGUUCCGGUGGUGCUCUUCACAAGGGUGGUCCCGCCUCCCUCGUCAUCGGCUACACCAUCAUCGGCGCCAUGUUGCUCAUGGUGACCUUCGCCCUCGCUGAAAUGGCCGUCCUCUACCCCGUCAACGGUGCCUUCUACACAUACUUCGUCCGCUUCGUCGAUCCUUCGUGGGGUUUCGCCAUGGGCUGGCAGUACGCCAUCGCCUGGCUCACAGUCCUCCCCUUCGAGCUGAUUGCCGCCUCCCUGACGAUCGAAUUCUGGCGUGACGAUAUCAACAUGGGUGUCUGGGUUGGCGUGUUCAUGGCUGCGCUUAUCAUCGUCCAGUUCUUUGGCGUCCGUGGAUACGGUGAAGUCGAGUUCGUCCUCUCGCUCAUCAAGAUCCUCGCCUGUAUUGGCUUCAUGAUCCUCGGUAUCGUCAUCAACUGCGGCGGUACCGGCGACAAGGGCUACAUUGGCGCCAAGUACUGGGUCGAGCCCGGUGCUUUCCGCAACGGCUUCACUGGAUUCUGCUCCGUCUUCGUUGUUGCCGCCUUCGCCUUCGGUGGUACUGAGAUGGUUGGCCUCGCCGCCGCCGAGUCUGCCAACCCCCGCAAAUCCAUCCCCCAGGCCAGCAAGCAGGUCUUCUUCCGAAUUGCCCUCUUCUACAUCGUCAACCUCUUCAUCCUCGGCCUCAUUCUCCCCUCUGAUGACACCCGCCUGCUCGGCUCCAGCGGUGCCAACACCAAGGCCUCGCCCUUCGUGCUUGCCAUUCAGGACGCCGGCAUCAAGGUCCUCCCCUCUAUCUUCAACGCCGUCAUCACCAUCUCCGUCCUCAGCGUCGCCAACUCUUGCACCUUCGGAUCUACCCGCACCAUGCAGGCCAUGGCCCAGCGUGGCAUGGCUCCCAGGUUCCUCGCCUACGUCGACUCCAAGGGCCGUCCCCUCUGGUGCAUCGUCAUCCAGCUCGCCUUCGGUCUCCUGGCCUUCAUUGGCGAGUCCGGCAAGAGCGGUGACGUCUUCGGCUGGCUCCUUGCUCUUACUGGUCUCGCCUACCUGCUGGUCUGGGGAACCGUCUGCCUGGCCCAUAUCCGCAUGCGCGCCGCCUUCAAGGUCCAGGGCAUCUCUACCGAGCUCAUCCCCUUCAAGAGCCCCUACGGCGUGAUUGGAAGCUACAUCGGUAUCUUCCUCUCCGUCAUUGCCCUCAUGGCCACCUUCUACAAUGCUCUCUACCCUACUCUUGGAGCCACACCCAGCGCCGAGGCUUUCUUCCAGGCCUACCUAGCCGCUCCCGUCACCCUCGUCCUGUACGUGGGCUGGAAGGUCGGCACCCGCGACUGGCGCAUGUACGUGCCGCUGGACCAGAUGGACCUCCAGACGGGUCUGAACCUGCUCGACGAGCCCGAGCCCGUGGAGAAGAAGACCUGGGCCUCUUUGCCGAGACGGUUUGUUGGUGCUUUCGUUUAG